GAGGGCAGCAAGCAGGGUCCAACUCAUCCUGACUGGAUCACACAGGACCAGCAACAUCAUCUUCAUCUUCAUCAUCCACCACCCACACAAGGACAACCUCUCCAGAAGCGCAAAGGGGACGGGACAGUCUUUAGCAAAGACAUUAAAUUAAAAAAAGAAGAAAAAAAAGCACAAAAUCUUAUCGAUAGCAGCAAGAUGCUGGCCUGCACGGAGCUGAUCACCAUGUGUCUCCAGUCUGCCAAGCACGAACACUUGAGAAAGCAGCAGCUUGACCACAAUCAAAACCAAGGCAUCGCUUUAUUCCAGGAUAUUUUCCGCCGGGCAGAUAAAAAUGAUGAUGGAAAGCUGUCCUUGGAAGAGUUCCAGUCAUACUUCACUGAUGGCAUCCUCACUGAAGAGCAGAUGCAGGAGCUAUAUUACUCCAUUGACAAGCAGCAGACAGACAACCUGGAUAUAGACAAGCUCUCAGAGUACUUCACUCCACAUCUGGGAGAAUAUGUCAACGUCCUGUCUGCUCUGGAAAAGCUGAAUGUGGCCAUUUUAAAGGCUAUGGACAAAACUAAAGAGGAGUAUCAGGGUUCAUCAGUGCUGGGUCAGUUUGUGACACGCUUCCUACUGAGGGAAACAUCCACCCAGCUGCAGUCCCUGCAGUCAUCACUGGAUUGUGCUAUGGAGGCUGUCCAUGACCAUGGCUGUCCUGACAGGAGGAUACUGAAGAAGCCAGAGGACCUACCCAUCCAGAGGGUGACCAAACGGCCUAGUCGACGCAUCCAGAAGAAUAUGUGUCUCUCUCCUACUGACCCUUACUCUGGCAUGCUCACCACAGGGGUCAGCGUGGAGCCAGACAACCACUGGGGCUCCCAGAUCAACCAGCUGGAGCAGCUUAUUGACAAACUGGAAUGUGAGAGUCCACAACUUGAACCGCUCAAAGAAGACACACUGGCAGGGACAUACAAAUCGAACAUACUUCUGGUCCAAAAACAAAUGUCGGUGAAGGAGAGAGAUGUGGAGCAGUUUCAACAAGCUCUUAAAAUCUACACAAACGCCACCACCAGCCAGCCUAACAACCUGCAUGUUUCAGUCCAGAACUUGCCAGACAGAUCAUGCUUCAUCAUGUAUGAAUUUUGGCAGGAUCGUCUCUCCUGGAUGAGCUACCUGCAGUCAUCCAUCAACAAGACCUUCCAGCGCUGCAUUAUUGAGUCACUGGAAGAGCCAGAAAUUGUCUCCACCAUGCUUCUCCCAGCAUCUUGGUGGAUUAUGAACAACAACUGACCAAGAAAUACAGCCUUUAUUCAACAUGGUGAGGCCAAGAGAAAGAGGAGAUUGUACAACCAAGACUUUGUCUUUCAUAUUAACUUUAUUCUUCAUGGCAUGACAGGGAUUGUUUCUGCAAGCCUUUGCUCCACGGUUAUAUAAAAAGACUGCUCAGAAAAAAAAUCUCACAACAGUGGAGAAAAGUUUAACCUUGACUGAAGUGAUCAAAAUGGUUAAGAGCUGAAUUUAAUUUUGAACCAUUUGGGCACACCUCUUGCAUUUGAUUUUACUUGAAACACAAGACAUAUGAUUAGAAAUUUUUAAAAAAGCUGCAUGAUUUUCUUAUUUCUUAGUGCUAGUUUGUUUCACAUGAAGCUGCAUCUUAGAUAUAAUGUCAGCAAUGCUACAACAAUAGAAACACUUGAGUAAAAAUUGAUGUGUCCAUCCAUUAACUGUUCUUCCCUGUAGACGGAAACAGAAAUAGAGGUAGGGUUAACCUUUCAUCUUGUUCUCCCUGUGCUAUUGUGCUUUGUUGUCUCCUUCAAAGCUUUACUACCAGUUGUCUUUUUGCUGAAAUCUCAGACAGCCAUUAGAUAGAAUAUAGAUACUGAAUGAUUAUGGUCUGUAUCUAAACUUUUAUCAUCCGUGUCACUCCUGCACUUUAGAAAAAAAAAACAUAUGAAACCCAGACCAUAUAGUAAAGAACAGAAAUGUAUUGUUUAUUGUCAUUUUAAAAUAAAAACGUAGAAUCAACUGUUGUUAAUAAAAAGCCAAGAUCUGCACAGAUGUGCAGAGAGACAUUAGUGGACAAUGUGUCACCAAAUAAUUGUGCAGUUUGCCCGUACUGUUGUUCUGCAGUAGAAGUAAAACUCAGAAGCCAUUAUUUUACAUUUGCAGUGUGUAAUCAGAAAAGAAUUUAAUAGUAGAAUGCACAAAUAGAAGUUUAUAUUUUGAGAUUAAGCAGAAAUGGUUCUAUGUAAUGACAUUAAAAACAGCAUCUGUAAAGAUAGUGUACAGUAGAUAAAAAGCUGUAAGACUGAUGUUGUAUAACUGGUAAAUGUACAGUAGUUAAAAUUGGUACAUUUUGGUUCUAAUUAUGUGAGGAAUGAGUGUGUUCACUCUUUUAGUGUGUUCAUUCGUUUAUUAUUUAUUUUAUGUAAAAUAUGCUGUCAUGUGGAUUCUAUGUUUGUUUGCUGGCAUGAAUUAAAGUUUGAAAUAUUGAUGAUA